UCUAUCCGCUCUUCAGAUUGUGACAUUGAAAAUAUAAAAAAAAUCUAUAAAUAAAAAAUAAUUAUAGUUAACAAGUGGUCUUUAGAUAAUCACGACUGAGAGUCAUAAUAAUAUUUACUUUAUUAGAAACAAGGAACUAUAGACAUAAUCUGACUUGUCAUUGACGCGGAAGCAUAAAACUACUUCAAUUAUAAGUUGCAUAGCAUACAGUUGUUAGUUGUUGUUAGUGAUCUGUGCAUUGAAUUAUUAGCUGCAAUAAAAAUAAAGCUACACAUAUCUUAAUUAAUUUAAUUACUAAGUCUAAAAAAAUUUCAAACUAUAUUUUAUAAUUUUACAAAAUUCCAAAUUAAGAAUGGCCCAACCUGAGUGGCUAACAGCGCGAUUUUUGGAACGUGUACUACGAAAUGCAGAUAAAGAUGAUUCGAUUUCGGUAACUGAAAUUUCAGUAACAAAUGCAACUAAUAAAGGUGAUAAUUACACCAGUGAUAUGUUCCGAGUUACUUUUGAAUCAAUCCGUAAUGAAGAUGGUGUUAAAAUUUCUAAGAAAAAUUCAAUUAUUGUAAAAGCUGCACUUAGUUCUGAAGGGAAACAUAAAGAUCUAAUCGAGGAUGCCAAAAUAUUUGAUAAUGAAAUAAAAAUGAUGACAUCGACCUUGAAAGAUAUGGAAUCAGUAUUGAAGGAUACUAAACUUGGGGGACGAUGUUAUUAUGCUCAGCUUAAAGAUCCUACGCUAUUAGUAAUAGAAGACUUGGCGCCAUUAGGUUUUCGUAUGGCCGAUCGCCAAGUAGGUCUUGACCUUCAACACUGCACUCUGGCGUUACAGAGAUUGGCCAAAUUUCAUGCAAGUUCUGUACUGGUUUGUGAGAAUACGCCUAAGUACAAAAAAGAUCAUAGCAAAGGAAUGUUUGCUAGUGACUUUCCACCGGACGCUGCUAAAUUUUUUUCCGAUUCAAUAAAUUCUAUGGUUAAAGCAGCUGAGACAUGGUCGGAAUUGAGUGUAGAAUGCAGAGAAAAAAUAAGAAAAUUGUCGAGUGCUGUUUUUCCUAAAGCAUGUGAAGUAGCCAAACUCAAUGAAUCGGAAUUCAAUGUAUUGAACCAUGGGGAUUACUGGGUCAAUAAUAUGUUAUUCAAAUACAAUGACAAAGGAAACGUUGUGGAUCAUGUUUUUGUUGAUUUCCAAAUGUGUAUUUAUGGAACCCCUGCUAUAGAUCUUCAAUAUUUCUUCAAUACAAGUGCUUCUGAAGAAGUGUUGGCGCUUCAUAAAAAUUCACUGAUUGAACAAUAUGUAAAAAUUCUUUCUACGACAAUGAAAAAUAUUGGAUGCAAAAUUUGCCCUCCUAGUCUCAGUUACAUAAAAAAAAUAUUUAUUGAACUCGAAAUUAUUGGUUUCGUAGUAGCCUGCACAGCUCUUCCAAUCAUGAUGACUGAUAAGAGUCAAGCGAAAGGCCUUGAAGAAUUAAUGAGUCCGGGUGAUGCUGAUUUUAAUGCAGAUGCUUACAAAAAUGAAGCUUUUAAAAUGAAAAUAAUACCACGGCUUCUUGAAUGGAAUGCUCGUGGAAUACUGGAUUUUAUUAAAAUGGAUCAACCUGACUGGCUAACGGCGCGAUUUUUGGAACGUGUACUACGAAAUGCAGAUAAAGAUGAUUCGAUAUCGGUAACUGAAAUUUCAGUAACAAAUGCAACUAAUAAAGGUGAUAAUUACACAAGUGAUAUGUUCCGAGUUACUUUUGAAUUAACACGUAAUGAAUCUGGUACAACAUCAUGUGAAAAAAGUUCGAUUAUUGUAAAGGCUGCUCUUUGUACUGGAGGAAAACAGAAAGAUUUCGUUGAGGAAACUAAAUUAUUCGACAAAGAGAUAAAUAUGAUGACAUCAGCUCUGAAGGAUAUGGAAUUAGUGUUGAAGGACACUAAACUUGGCGGACGAUGCUAUUAUUAUCAGCGUAAUGAUCCUGCGCUAUUAGUAAUAGAAGACUUGGCACCAUUAGGUUUUCGUAUGGCCGACCGCCAAGUUGGUCUCGACCUUGAACAUUGCACUCUGGCGUUACGCAGAUUAGCUAAAUUUCAUGCAAGUUCUGUACUGGUUUGUGAGAAUACUCCCAAGUACAAGGAAGAUUUUAGCAAAGGUCUGUUUGUUGUUGAUUGUCCAGCGACGUUGAUUGAAUUUUGGACAAACGGAAUAAAAUCUUUGGCAAAAGUCGCUGAGUCAUGGUCAGAAUUGAGUGUAGAAUUGACUGAAAAACUCAAAAAAAUGGCAGAUGUUUUUUAUCCUAAAGUGUGUAAAACAGCAGAGAUGAAGGAAUCUGAAUUCAAUGUAAUAAAUCACGGUGAUUUUUGGAUUAAUAACAUGCUGUUCAAAUAUGAUAACAAAGAUAACGUUGUGGAUCAUAUUUUUGUUGAUUUUCAAAUUUGUGUUUAUGGAUCGCCUGCAUUAGAUCUUCAGUACUUUUUACAUACGAGUGUUUCUGAACAAGUACUGAUAGAUUAUAAAAAUUAUUUGAUUGAAGAAUAUGUAAAAACUCUUUCUACAAUAAUGAAAAAAAUUGGGUGCAAAACUCACCCUCCUAGUCUCAGCUACUUACAAAAAAUGUUGAUAGAAAGAGAGAUUAUUGGAUUUUUAAUGGCUUCUACAGGCCUUCCGAUUCUACUCCUUGACAGAAGUCAAGCACAAGAUCUCAACGAAUUAAUAGAAAAUAAAGGAGAUAUUCAUUCUAAUGCAUAUAAUAAUGAAGUUUAUAAAAAAAUAAUGGUACGGAGACUUCAAGAAUGGGAUGCUCUCGGGCUGUUCGAUGAAAAUGCUUGAAAAAUAUUCAGUACUACGUUUUCAAACUUUGAUUAGCGCAGCAAAAUUGAACAAAGUUUUCUAAAAGUUUAUAUAGAGUCAGUUAGAUGACAUUUUUUCGAAAAGUGGCAGUUAAAAUUUACAAUUUAAAUCGUUUUUAAACUGGUUUCUUUUAUUUAAUAUUUAUGAUGCCUGUGACUGUAUAUUGCACAACUCGAACGCGAAGCGGAGAGGUUUGGUUCUACUAUGUCAACAUGUCGAAGUCACGCGAUUCACUCACAUUGAAGCGUGUAUAUUAUUUUUAUAACGCACUGACUCGUUAUAAGAAGCACGUCAGUAUUAAGAUAAAAACACUAAUAAACAAAUAAUGUUCU